GUCAGAACAAAUUGUCAUUUGUCAAAAAUGAAACAUUCAUUUUCAAAAUUGUUCAAAAUGGCGUGCAACUAGGUUGUGUGUUACUGUUAAUAUUUUUGUUUUAAAAUUUUACACACUGUUAUCCUGAUAUUUAGUUUAAAUGGGUCGCUCGCCGAGUCCUCGGCGGCGUGACGACAGAAGAGAUCGCCGCGACAGAGAUAGGGACCGCGACAGGGAUCGCGACAGGCGGCGGCAGCGCACCCGGUCCCGCUCGCGGUCCCCGGACCGGCGGCGGCGCUCCCCGGAGCGGAGGCGUUCGCCGUCGCCGCGGCGCAGGCGCUCGGUGUCCCCGGCGCCUACCACCUCCUUCGUCCCCAAGCCGAAGAAGAAUUUCGGCGAGCGACCGAUCGUGACGCCGGCCGACCUGGAGGGCAAGACGCCCGAGGAGCAGGAGAUGCUGAAGGUGAUGGGUUUCUGCGGCUUCGACACGACCAAAGGUAAGAAAGUCGAGGAUAAUAUCGACGGCGAAGUGCACGUCGUCCUCAAGCGCAAAUAUAGGCAAUACAUGAACAGGAAAGGCGGAUUCAAUAGGCCUUUGGACUUUGUCGCGUAGCUCGGUAACGCACAAUCUACUCAUGCUAGUGUUAGACCUGCAGGGUCUGUGUUUUUAGACACUUAUGUGAUAUUCGCUUCUCAGCUUGCCUUUGUGCUUCAUUUUAUAUAGGUGCUCAGAAAAGUCAUCCAUGUUUACAUACUCAGUCCUAGACAGCAUACUUGAAGCAGAUAGUAACUGCAGAUAAAUAAUAAUAAUACAUUUGGUCCUGCAUCUGCUUGACACAUAAGAAAGGGAACUGGUUCAUGACCUUUUGUUACUUGACAUUGAGCACAUCCCUCGCGGGGAGAGUAUGAAUACUACAAUAUAAUUAUGUUGGCUCGGUUACUGCUUUCUUUUGGCACAAAGGCAAGCUCUAAGCCACCUUUUACUUAGGAAUAAGUGUUAACAUUCUGUUGCUGAUGUUUUAGAGAUGCAACUGUGGUAUUACAUUGAUAUUUAAGUUAAAUAUUAUUUAUUAUUAAGUAAAAAGCUGGCAACGUACAGAUUAAACCAAUUUUUUUUUAAUGAAAUAAAAUAUUGAGAUUUUUCCUUUAAUUAUUAAUAUAGCUAUUUGGCAAAUUACACCAGGCUGAUAAUAUCAUAAUAUCACAUUUGCAUCCUACCUUAAUAUAAUUCUGCCACAAAACACAAAGCAAUUACAUUCCAGAUAAAUAGCAGCAAUGCAAUGUUAUGCCAUGGCCUGGUAAACAUUUAUUUUGUUAUGACUAAACCACAUUAUGACCACCCUGUAAUUCUGGGUUAAACAUAACCCUGGGUAUAUAUUUAUUAUCUUUCAUUUUAAUGAUACAUAUUAUUCAUAAAAUUGAAUACUUUCGGUCUUACCACAAAAGAUUUAAACAUUAUUUUAUUGAACAGUUAU